AUGAGUGAUAACAAUGACGAGAUUGGCCUGACUGAUGUUGUCGUGGCUUAUCUCGCCGCCGCUGAUCAAAAUGAAUUAACUAUGCAGUUAAUGCAACAGAUUGCCGAAAUGAGGGUUGAAAUGCAACGAAGACUAGAUUUGCCUAAUCCAAUUUUCACUUUUAACCCUCAAGGAGAUGGAAGACAUCCACUCUACUUUCCUCCUCCAAGCGCGGAACAUGUUCAGAACACACCUUCUAACCCCACUCAAAAUCCUCGAAUCAUCGACCUAACCGCCCUAAAUCCCCAUCAUGCCUCUGUCUCUUACCAAGCGCCACCUCCUCCUCAAGAUCCCUCCAUUGCUCCGCCAUUGCCUCAAAAGACUACUUUUCAAAUUCCAAUUCCAAAUGAACCCUAUGCUAACUGUUCCGAGCUUUAUCACUAUGAGGAAAAUGAGAGAGAGUGGAGGUCAAAGGAAGAGACAACCAAGAUGAAUAUGAAAGAAGAGAUCAGGAAAGCCAUGAAGGAGUUGCACAAUAUUCCUGAAAUUGAUGGAUUGAGUUAUGAGGAUUUGUGCAUCCAUCCGAAUCUAGACCUCCGAGAAAGGUUUAAAGUGCCAAAAAUUGACACUUUUGGAGGAACAUGGAAUCUAUUAGCGCACUUGAGAGCCUACUGUGACCAACUCGUAGGAGUUUGCAGGAAUGAAGCCUUGUUGAUACAACUCUUUAGCCGAAGUUUAAGUGGAGAAGCGUUGGAAUGGUUUACCUCUCAUGAGAUAAAGCAAUGGUCUAGUUGGAAUGCACUAGCUAGAGAUUUUUUCGAACGGUUCACCUACAAUGUGGAGAUUGUUUCUGAUUGCUAUUCUUUGGAGAGAAUUAAGUGGAAAUCCACUGAAAGCUAUCGUGAAUAUGCGUAUAAGUGGAGGAAAGAGGCCGCCCGGGUUCGACCCUCUAUGUCUGAGAAAGAGAUCGUUGAAGUGUUCAUACGCAUUCAAGAGCCAGAGUAUUCUAACAAGAUAAUGUUGCUCAUUGGAGUAAAAUUUGCGGAGAUAGUCAAGGUUGGUGAGGCUAUCGAAGAUGGGAUUAAAAUCAGAAAUAUUUCUUGGUUUGCCACCCCAACUGAAUCUUCAGGAUUGUUGAAAAAGAAGAGAGAGGAUGUGUCUUCUAUUUCCUGCGCAUCUGAUGGAAAAUGA